GUCACGGCGGAGCCCGCGGCCUUGCAGGCGCACAGAAAUGAACUCAGAAAUCAAGGAAGAAGUUCCUGUGCAUGAGGAAUUCACUUUAUGCUGUGGAGUUGAUACCCAGGUUCUGAAAUGUGGGCCCUGGACUGACCUCUUUAACGAUCAAAGUGCCAACAGGCCCAAGCUGCUCAUUUUCAUUAUUCCCGGUAACCCAGGAUUUUCUGCCUUCUAUGUGCCCUUUGCAAAGGCUUUAUACUCGUCAGUAAACAGACGCUUCCCAGUUUGGAUUAUCAGUCAUGCUGGGCAUGUGGUGGCCCCCAAAGACAAGAAGAUUCUUGCAGCUUCGGACGAUCCAAAUGCUCAAGAAAUUAAGGACAUCUAUGGACUCCGUGGUCAAGUAGAACAUAAGGUAGCUUUCCUGAGAACUCACGUGCCAAAGGAAACCAAGCUGGUGGUCAUCGGCCAUUCAAUAGGCAGCUAUAUUGCCCUCCAGAUUUUGAAGCGCGCGCCUGAGCUCCCGAUAAUUCGAUCCUUUCUGCUCUUUCCAACAAUUGAGCGAAUGUCCGAGUCACCCAACGGCAGGAUUGCCACUCCAUUUUUGUGCUGGCUUCGAUAUGCUCUCUAUGUUUCUAGCUACUUACUACUUAAACCAUGUCCGGAGACAGUCAAGUCCUGGCUGAUCAGAAUGGCCCUUCAAAGGAUGAACAUGCAGAGUGAAUUUUCAGUCCUGAGUGUGUUGGAGCCAUUCUGCCUUGCUAAUAUUGCCUACCUUGGGGGCCAGGAAAUGAUGGAGGUGGUGAAGAGAGACAACGAAACCAUCAAGGAACACUUAUCUAAGCUUACGUUUUACUAUGGAACUAUAGAUGCUUGGUGUCCAACAGAGUACUAUGAAGACAUAAAGAAAGAUUUCCCAGAAGGAGAUAUUCGGCUCUGUGAGAAGAAAAUAGCUCACGCUUUCAUCCUCCGUUCGUACCAGGAAAUGGCUGACAUGGUCGCGGGCUGGCUGAAGGAUGACCUGUCCAAGGUGGACAUUGCGACAUAAGGAAGCGAGGACUGACAGCUGGUGCAUCGGGGCCGCGGUGUACUGACUCUCACUAGUAACUAGUAGACUCCGUAGGUAAAUGCUUGAUUUCAGUGUUUGAUUAUGAAAGAGAGAAAAACGUGAGACCCUCUUGGCUUAAAAACUACCCCCUCCCAACGUCCCACGCUCCUGGCUGCAAUAAUCACAGGUGCAGAAAUAGGCCAUAGGUUCAGUCACACAUUUUCCGAGGCUCGGGAACACAGUGCCCUAAACCCGUGGUCGGCAAACUGCGGCUCGAGAGCCACAUGUGGCUCUUUGGCCCCUUGAGUGUGGAUCUUCCACAAAAUACCAAGGCCUGGGCAAGUCUAUUUUGAAGAAGUGGCAUUAGAAGAAGUUUAAGUUUAAAAAAAAUGGCUCUCAAAAGCAAUUUCAAUCGUUGUGCUGUUGAUAUUUGGCUCUGUUGACUAAUGAGUUUGCCGACCACUGCCCUAAACAGGCCUUUGAUGUUUGCCCAAGCGCGCCAUGCAGCUUGUCUUGGUAGGCAGGGCCCUUGCAGACCAGAGGAAGGCUAAAUGCAGUGAUUCUAAUUGACUUACAUUGUAGAGAAGGCUCUGCUAGGGGAGGUUAGGAAAUGCGAGAGGUCAGGGAGCGUCCGGUGUGUCGUCAGGAGUGAAAUGUGUACGCUCACAAGAAGGACACUCAUGUUCCAGAGGCAGGCCGUGGUCAGCAGUGCAUCUUGCCAGGGGACCCGAAGAGCAGGACAAGAGCCGAAGAGCAGCCCGAACUAACCUUGCCGAGGUCUUGCCGAGACCAUCACUAUCAGGCUGGGUACCAGGACAGCCCGCACACCUACAUCACAGACCGCCACGGCAGCCUUUUGCCUGGCCACCGGGGGCGCGGGCCCACGCAGAGCCAACAUCGGGGCAGGCACUGCCUGUGACCGUCUCUGGGCAGCUUCCCUGAGGAGUGGGAUUCCUGGUCCAUCUGCAUCAGCCGGAAUAAAGUUUGCCAGGCGUCCCUCUGCUCAGCUAUCCGGCUAAGAGUUGUGGACGGAUCCUGGCUAUGCCUCCCGCCACACCACAGCCAGCCAGCUCCGUGCCGAGCCUGGGCCUGCCGGGUGGUGAGCUCCUUGCAGGCUUCUCUCCUCCAGAGCCAGGUUGGGGAGGCCCGACUGCCUCUCAUCAGCCCGAACCUACCAUACACAGUUGCCCCUUCUGUGAUUUUUUCCACUGGAACUCCACUGAGGACCAAGCAGUGAGCCGAGUACUGUGCUAGGCAUUGAGGAUAGAGUCUUAGCUAUAUUACCAUUCUUCUGACAACCUCCUAGGAAGUAAUUUCCAAAAGGGCAUCCUUAAGUUGCUGAAUAGAACAUAACUAUCAAUGAUGGUUCCGUUUCUGCAUUAGCAUAUUAGUUGGGAAGAAAUUGUUUUACUAAUGGACCAAAAUUAGCCAUUCAAUUAUGUAAAUUUGCCUUCUCCGGACACCUGGAGGUCCAGGAGAGAAGAAGCUUGUUCUCUGGCCCAGGAUGGCUCACAGCAUUGCUGCCUUCCCCAAAUCAACUCAUCCUGGGGCCUCAGAAGCCAACAAAUCGCACCGAGCCUUGCAUCAGCAGCAUUCGGUUUUCUCCGGGAGGAAUCCCCCGGGCUACGGACAAUGCGACAUUGGCCUUCCUCUCAGAACCGGAAGCCCCCUGAUGGCGGAGUCAGCCCUGAUCUGCUGCCAACCCCGUGGUGAGUGUUGGACAAGCUACUAGCAGGCAGGGCCUCUGCGUCAGAGCAAAUGACUUUUCAGUCGGGAAGGCCCAAGUUCCAGGCAAGGAGUGCUCUUGGCUCCAGAGAGGAGCUGGGCACACACAGGCCACCAGCUCAGGCUGCACACUAACUCCUCAGGGCAUCUGCGUGGGGAGGCUUCAGACCAAGCAUGUCAAACUCGCGGCCCGCGGGCCGCAUGCCUCGUUUAUUUGGCCCGUGUUAGCCUUUUGAGUUUGACAUGCUUGUUCUAGAUUCUGGUGUUAGCAGCUGGGACUUGUUGCUCCAACCUGCCUGGCCAACAGGAAACACCCAGUGGUACUAACUUGAGCACUUAAGCAAGUCCUGGGAGAAUCGUACCCACUGAAACGAAGACUAGCAUCCCAGCUUCUCUUUCAGGGUCACUGUACCACAUGCCUCCAUGUUCCAAAGCCCACGUGGAUGAAAUUGUGUCUCAUUUUGUUCUUCAGAACUUAAAAACUAGUUAAAAGUGAAAUGACAAAGUAAGGUAUUGCUGUCUCUUAUUUCCUGUUUAUCGUCUAAGCACCAAAUAAAUUUUUGAAAUAAAUGCUUUACCAGCGCUCAUGAGCUUGCCUGGCCUGGUGGCCGUGUGCCGGGGGAGAGGGGUACCAGCUGCACGGUUCUCCGAGGCAGACUCCGGUCAGAGUCUCCCUGUGAAACUGAAAAGCCUCUCUUCUCAGUGUUUGCCUUCGAGAAGGAAGGAUCGGAUGUCAGGAGAUUGAAGUUCAUUUUAUCUCAUUAGGAAUUAAACAAAAGGCUACAUGUCUGCAUGCAUAUGUGGGAGGUGAUAAGGUAGAGAACUCUGAGGACUGACCUUCCGUGUGAUUUUCAGGCAACUUCAUCUGGUUUCUCCGGGCCUCACUGUCCUCAUUUGUAAGAUGGGGUUAGUAAUCAUGCAUGCCUCAGGUUGUGGGAAGAAUUAAAGAAGAUGACAACAUUAAAGCCCUUAGCACAAUGCCUGACCAAGAGUAGAUAAAGAUUGGUGGUAAUAAUAAUAAUAAAUAUUAACUGUCAUGAUAGUAAAAAUAAAAGACUAGUAUUGAUGUGAUGGAUAAAGUCUAUUUUUCCAGAAGCAUUUCUGCGUAUAUGUCCUGGUCAGCCACAUGGGUGGUCCUUGUCAAAGAUUGAACUUCCUUCAGGUUACCUAGUGCCCUUGGUUCUCAGUCUGCUCUGGGCCGUGGGAGAGGCUCUCCAGAGGCAGCCAGCCCCUGUGGCUCUCGUGGUCUGAUGCCCAAGGUGGCCAGGGCCCUUGCCAGCGGCUCCCCCACUCAACCCCUGGACAGCCAGUGACCUCCAAAGGCUUGAUUCUUCUUUAUCCUACAUUGUAUCAAAAUUAAAUUUAUUUCCAGCCCUGGCUGGUGUUGCUUAGUGGUUAGAGUGUCGGCCCGCGCAUUGAAGGGUCACCGGUUCAAUUCCUGGUCAAGGGCGCAUACCUGGGUUGUGGGUUCGCUUCCCGCCCCCUGGUCAAGGCGGCUGUGGGAGGCAACCCGUCGAUGUGUCCUUCUCACAUCGAUGUUUCUGUCUCUCACUCCCCCCUUUCCCCUCCCUCCCUCCCACCCUCUCUGAAAAGCAAUGGAAAAAAAUAUCUUUGCUCCUGGCCUUCUCUUGGAUUUGGCUCUUCCUUCCCUUGGGGUUGAGGAUUAAAAAGAAAACAUUUAAUUCCAGAUUAAAGGACAGUAAGGAGACAUGACAAUAUACAGCAACACCUGAUUCUGGAUCCGAUGUUUUUAUUACAGAACCAUUGUUGGGAUGAUUUGCACAACUCGAAUGGGGUCUAAAGCUGAGCCGGGAGGAAGGGACGUGCAAGGGUCGGGACGUGGAAAAGUGGGAGAAGGCCCCGUAUGCGCUGAGAUGCGCUGGGCAGCUCGCUCAUGGCUCAGAGGGAAAGCGUUCCCUGCAUUUUACUAGCAACCUUUGUGUACAUUCCAGAUGAUUUUGAAAUUUGUAAAAGAAAUUAUUUAAAUAAAAUUAGGC